CACUGAGCAGCUUUCUGGACCCGGCGUCCAAGCUUGGUGAGACUUUUUAGAGAUGCUGCUGUCUCUGAGUCAACCAUGCGCAGGGACACUGCUGCUGUUGCUGGUGACGAACGUGCUGCUGGGGAAGAACACGGCCUCUGACCCGGUGUGCUACAUGUGGAGCAACCGCUGCCACUUGUCUUUCUCAGACCACUUCAGUCAGGCGGUCACUGUGUCUCAGGAAAUCAGGGACCAAGUCACAGACACAUUCACUGAAUUUGAUAAACAAUACACCCAGGACCUGGAGUUCAAUGACAGGGUUCCCACCUGCCACACAUCUUCUCUCGCUGUUCCAGAAAAGGAGGAAGAAGCACAGCAGAUGAAGCCUGUCAUCCUGCUGAAACUGACACACACUCUACUGGGCGCCUGGACCAAUCCUCUGCAGCAUCUUGUGGAAGAAAUGGGUAGUCUGCAAGGAGCCCCUGCUGCUCUGCUUUCUAAUGCCACAGAAAUUGAAGAAAACCACAAAGGACUCCUGGAGGGUGUGAGGAAGUUAAUCAGAAGGGUUGAAGAUAAAGAAAACAAGAACUACCCUGCCUGGUCUGGACUGGAAUCCUUGCAAUCAGACAAUGAAGACACUCGCCUUUUUGCCUUUUAUAACUUGUUCCGAUGCCUGAUCAAGGACUCAGAAACAGCUACCACUCAUCUGAAGCACUUGAGGUGCCAAAUGGACCCGUACAGUGAGUGCUAAGUGAACCACAUUCACUCCUACUCUUAGAUGCUCUUUGAUGAUGCCAUGUGAAGGAUCUUCUUUUAAACUUUCACAUUGUG